GUUUGAAAAAGAUGUUUAACGAAAUUCCAAAUUGUUCUGAUGACAUGGAUAACUUUAUGAUUGUGGAAGAACGAGAUGUAUAUUUAUUAGAGAAUGCCUUUGCUUGUUCCUUUGAUGAUUUCUAUCCACAAUCCGAGAACGCAACAAAUGGAGAAAAUUUUCAUUAUCCGGCAGAAACUUUUCCGUUAAAGAUAUCCAAGCUUCGCAAGGGAUUGCUCGAUUCUGCAUUGAUACCUAGUGAAAAUCAUGAAUCUCAAAUAUUUAGUAACGUCCAUGGAUUCGUCACACACAUGCAAUCAAUUUGGAAGGAAAUAGAUGCACACGGUAACUUUCUUCACUUCAAAGAUACCAAGACAAUACAGCAAUGGAGUGCAAUGAAAAAAUUGGUUCACGGAUAUGAAGCAACCUUUCUAAGAUCAUAUAGAAAUUCGGGAUUGGAAAUAAUAAAAAGACAACUUAGCAAAGGUCAAUGGAAUGAAGAUGAAGAUGUCAUUUUUGAAAAUGAACUUACCCGGGAAAAAGAAAAAUAUUGUACCCAAACGCUUGCUGAUUUUCAAGAAAAAAUCUCUAAUCAAUAUGCACUGCAAAUAAUUGAGGAAGGAGAAACCUAUAUAAAGGCAGCAUUCGCCGCUGAAAAACGAGAACUUCAAAAAAUGUAUACCAAGGAACAAAGGGAAUCUAAAGAAUAUUGGUUAAUUAAAUCAGCGGAAAUGCGGAUUG